GAAAUAUAGUUCGUUAUUUAACUUUCAUUUUCACUUUUUGUGCUGACUAACAGUGACUUAUAUUCGUCAAGACGAUCGGACUCUAAAAACACAAAAGUGAGGCUAUUAAAUGUACACGUUAGCUGGAUAACUUACCCAAACAGAUAAUAAUUUCAUUUAGGUUAUUAUAGGGGUGUAAAUAUCUACAUACCGUAGUUUACACGAUGACUUCCUUAGACAUCCGCCCCGAGUCCCAGAAACAGGUUGAAGACUUCUGCAAGCAGCUCACUAAAGAGGCAGAGUCGCUAGUCUCCACAUUUUUCCCCCAGAAAAUCGCUGAGAUGGAGACUCUGCUUCAGGCAUCCCUGGGUCUUUCUGCAGAGGAUCUCUCAUCCCUGGUGGCACCCCUGGAGAUCCCAAUUCCUGACCCCGAAAAAGAAGAGCUGAAGAGGAAGAAGAAGGAGGAGAAAGAAGCCAAGGAAGGGAAGAAAGAAAAGGAUAAAGAUAAAGAAAAAGAAGAGGAGGAGGAAGGUCCAUCCUGUGGCCCAAUCGCCACUAACGAGAGAGUAGAGCAUCUGCUGAAGGAAGUGAAGCCGCACAUCCAGACCCUGAAGGAGAAGCUGAACACCGUGUCAAUGUGGAUCCAGCUUCAGAUUCCCAAGAUUGAAGAUGGGAAUAAUUUUGGUGUUGCUGUGCAGGAGAAAGUGUUUGAGCUGCUGACCAACACUCGCACGAAAAUAGAGGGAUUUCAGACGCAGAUCUCAAAGUAUUACAGUGAACGAGGAGACGCUGUGGCCAAAGCCUCCAAACAGCCUCACGUGGGUGAUUACCGUCAACUGGUACAUGAGCUGGACCAGCAUCAGUACUGUGAGCUGCGCAUUGUGGUUCUGGAGAUCCGAAACACUUAUGCUGUGUUGUAUGACAUCAUCAACAAGAACUACGACAAGAUUAAGAAGCCAAGAGGAGACUGCAAGGCUCUCAUCUACUAACACACACAAUCACACAGACAAGCACAGACCUAUAGAGAAACCAGACCCAGCAGGUAGCUUGUUAGCCACUGUCUGGGUAACUAGAUACUUUAGGUUUUAAUACACAGGCUCUCAGAUCGCACAGCCGAUGACUCUGCUGUAUUUUGUGUAAAUUUUAAUCAGAUUUACAAAUAAAGCAGUGACUAUCCAGAACAACA